CCUCAGUAAAGAUGGCGCCGGCCCCGCCCCCCUGUCGCGGAACCUCGGCGGCCGCCCCGCCUGCAGCGCGAUGGCGGCUCGGAGCGCCGUGUGGCUCGGGGACCCGGUGGAGCGGGUGCCGUGCCCCUACGACGUCCAUCACCGCGUCCCCCGAGCGUCGCUGGAAAGGCACGCCGCGUCCUGCCGGCUCCGCAAGAUGGGCUACUCCGCCGAGGAGGAGGCUGAGAUGUACGACUCCAGCUUUUUCUACGAAAACCUGAAGGUUCCCACCGUGGCCAUGGAUAAAGAUCUGCAGUUUCACAUUGUUAAGCAAGCUAGAGCUCAAAGCGCGAAAGAAGGUACCAGCUACAGCGAAGGAUCUUACUCAUUACUGCCUGUAGAAGUGCCUCAAAAUCACAAGCGUUUUACCUGUGACCUGACUCAAGCCGAUCGCCUUGCUCUUUAUGAUUAUGUUGUUGAGGAAACAAAGAAACAGAGGUCUAGAUCCCAAAUCAUGGAAAAUGACAGUGACCUCUUUGUGGAUUUGGCAGCAAAAAUCACCCAAGAUGAUAGUCAGAAAGGUCCGAAGUCCCAUCUUGAAAUUCUGGCUGAAAUGCGAGACUACAAAAGGCGGCGGCAAUCAUACAGGGCCAAGAAUGUUCAUAUAACAAAGAAGUCGUACACUGAGGUGAUUCGCGAUGUGAUUGGUGUGCAUAUGGAAGAACUCAGCAAUCAGUGGCAGGAAGAGAAUAGGUUGGAUAAUGCAGAGAUAUGUGAAGGAGGGAAGUCAAAAUCUUCAGGAAGAAAGGAGGACAGGCGGUCAGCAUCAGUGGACUCACGGCAGUCUGGAGGAAGCUGUAAGGAUACUGAACGCACCAGACACAGGAGAGAGAGCAGCAGGAGUCCAAAUAAACGAAAAAGGAGUCACGAAAGAGGCAAAGACAGAGAUUCUUGGAGAAAAAGAGAAAGGGAUGAAGACAAAUACCACAGCCAUAAAAGAAGAAAGUAGAACAAGAACCUAAUUACUUUGUCCGAUGUUCAAAAAAAUCACUUGCACAGGAACUAUCAUAACUGCUGUUGUGCCAGGGACAGUAAUGCUGCGUAUGUAAUAUUGGUGUUGCAUCACAGCCGUGCUUGGAAAUGAUCGUUAAUGGAUAUAGAACAGAGCUAAUCCCUGGAGUCUAGGAUCAGCUACAAAUGGAACAGACAUGAAGAAAGCUCUCCUCCUACCUUCCCACCUGACACUGUCACCUCUGGGAACAGCGUUCCAGAAAGACAGCACUCGCUGUCUAGUUACAGCAUGUACCAGAGGUGAGAGGGCAGAUUUCAGAGUUCUCUAACAGGCUAAAAGAUCUUCAACUGCAGCUAGUGGUAAAAGGACAGAAACAGGAAAGUUACUGUUCCCAAGCUCAUGCUCAAAGAAAUUUAGGACCAACAUCAUUUGGCAAAGGUGGUGAGACUAUAGCUCUCCACAGAAACCAGUGGGGAGGUACCGAGGACACUUGUAAUGUUACUGAUGGCCAUUUUCAAACAGUGGGUGCAUACCCAUUUCCUUCCAGAAAUAACUAGGAGGAGUUUCCAUCCUAUAGACUAACAUAAGUAUUAGUGACAGAGAUUGAUAAAAACACUUCAGACAUGCAGGUACUUAAUAAGGGUGUGCAGGAGCAUUCCACUUGACUUCAGUGAUGUUUUUAUUAUAUCAAUUUCUAAUCCUCUUAAUUCCUCAGAGAAUAUGCUACAGCACAAUCAGUCAUCAUCAGUCAAGUUUCUUACUUACUUCAACAAAGUAAGCAACUAUAAAAGAUCCAUCUUUCCUACAAUACUUUCUUCUGUUUGAGUUGCCAGGAGAGGGCACUCCAUAUGCUCCUGUUUUUGGCCUCCUCUGGUACUGGAAUCUUUCCAGUUUUACUGUAGCCACUACUAUGCUGUCUCUUGUCUCAAUUGUUUCUGCAAUUAAGUGUGAUUAUCUGUCACUAAAUACUUAGUCUAGUUCUGAUUUAGACUUCUCUACCUACUACAGCUGUUCAACUCAAAACCAAACUGAAGUGUCAGGCAUUCCUUCCCUAUAUGACAAAUGCAGUAGUUUUUCCUGUCAGAAAACAAGAUGUAUUUUAAAACAGAGCCUUAAUUAGACAAGUGCAUCUAUGAAUGGAAAAGGAUAUCUAAGUUCUGAAAGGGUCCUAAUUAGAGGGAAAACAAUAUGGAACCAUGGCAGUCCUUUUUUGAGUUGACGUUUCUUCUGCCAGCUCAGCCAAAGGGUUCUCAUGAAGUUCUCUUGAGUAAGGCCUGGUCAAGCGAUUCGUUUAAUAGAGCUUGUUCAUGCAGACAAGGUAGUCAAAAACAAGCAGUACUUGUGUAAGAGUCAAAGUCAGUGCUAUCCAGAAGCAUAGUAAGAAAUGCACCAAUUAGACCUGUCCACUCUUCUCUAAAUUUAUUUGUGUUUUACUUCUUUUCUUACAAUCACAUGUGAAGUAUAGGUAGGAAGAUCCAUCACAAAAUACAUUUUACUCAAUAUAAACAAAUGAGUGAAGAUAUCACUCCCUAGGUGUGAGCAUCGGUAUUUGAGAGGCAGGAGAACUGCAUAACUGUAUUCAAUUAACAUCCACCAAAGGGCCAUUUCAACAGCAGGAUAAAGAAAAGGAAGUGCCAGAGAAGAGGAUCAUCUUGUAUUUUAAUGCACAAAUAACGGUCCUUUGAACAGAAACUGUCUGGCAUGUAUUUUUUCCUUCCUUCCCCCAUGCCCCUCUCACCUGGUGCUGAGGAGUAAGGUUGAUCAAAGCAGUGUUGAGGGCUGGGUCAGAAAGUUUCUGAGCAGCACCAUGCCAGUUUGUUGGUCGCUGGAAAGGAAUAAACCAAAUGUUUUAGAACAACACUAACAUGGUAAGUCCUAGCGUGGUGGGCAAGAUACAAUUGAGGAUUAUAUUAAUAGUAAGCAAGAGUACUAUUAUUAAAAAGUAGUUCUUAUUAAAAAUCGUCAGUCUGGUAACUAAUGACAAAACCAAGCCAGUUCAUUUGUGGACUUGUGCGUUUUUGAGCUCCCAUGGACACGGAGCUGGUAGCAGUCGAGGCAAAGACCGAUUCCAGAUAGAGGGUAGGAAGGGUCAGUGUCUGUCUGCAAAUGUGCCACAUAGGCAGUAGUCAAAGGACAAGCCCGUUGCAGAUCUUUUAAAAUAGUUUAAAAAUAAAGUGCAUUUUGUGUGACCUGUGUGUGACUAUGGAUAAAAUGAGUGGGAGUUUAUCCACUGAGAGCU